UAUAGCAAACAUAUUGUUACCCUAUAAGCCCCCCAACCACACAUCCCUCUCUUUGCUCUCUAGAAAGAUUUGGAGAAGUUUGACACAACCAUGGACGAGUUCGAUACUAAAAGAUCGAACUACGUGAACUUGCACGAGACUCCACCAAACAUCGUUGAUGAAGGCUGGUGGAAAUCCUAUGGGACGUCAAUUUCGUUAGGAUUUCUUGCAACCGCAAUCUUCAUAUCCAUGUUCAUCAUCAUGGCGAUUAUCGAAUACUUCUUCAAAUCAAAUGCUUCAUUUCACUUUACCGUUCAACCAACCCGCCACCCACCAGCUGACCCAAGACCAAUGCACAAGCUCUUGGAUUCACAACCACAUGUACAAAUGGGAAAUACCUCGGAUUUAUCGGUAUUGAUGCCAGGACAAAAAUACCCAACCUACAUUGCACAUCCAACACCUCUACUACCUUGUUCAAGGGAAGGAGUGUAUUGGCCUUCACAUUACUAACAUGAUGUGUCCAUCCUUACAACUAAGCAUGAUGUUAUAAGUUUAUGCAUGAUUGUACCCUUCUCGGGCAAAUUAUUUUUUACUUUUGUAUCAAAGUGCAUUACUUGGUCAAAAUUUUGUAUGCCAAAACAGGCAUUUAUGCGGGGAAUAUUUAAUAGACGGUCUAAGUAACUUAGCACAA